AUGAAGGGUGUACAGGAAAAACCAAUGUCAGACAACAAUGCUCCUCAAAUAAAGUAUGAUGUUUUUGUUAGCUUUAGGGGUGAGGACAUCCGUGAGGGGUUCCUAAGCCAUUUGAUUGAGGCUUUUCAAAUGAAGAAAAUAUAUGCUUUUGUAGAUGAUAAACUUGAGAGGGGGCAUGAAAUCUGGCCUUCACUUGUUCAAGCAAUUAAACAAUCGUUCAUUUCAUUGGUCAUAUUCUCACAAGACUAUGCUUGUUCGCGUUGGUGUUUCGAAGAACUUGUGACAAUACUUGAAUGCAAAGAGAAAUAUGGACGGAUUGUAGUCCCUAUUUUCUACCAUUUGAAACCCACACAUGUAAGGCAUCAAUCGUUGGAGAGUUACAAGAAUGCAUUUGCUGAGCAUGAAAGGAACUAUGAGAACAAGGUGCAAAUGUGGAGACAGGCUUUGAGGGAAUCUGCUGGUUUUUCUGGAAUUGAAUCAUCAAAGUUUCAAAAUGAUGCUGAACUGCUUAAAGAAAUUGUCAAUCUUGUGUUGACAAAGUUGGCAGAGCCCAUGUUUAGAUCAAAAGGACUUGUUGGAAUUGAUGAAAAAAUUGCAGAUGUAGAAUCAUUGAUUCGUAAGAGCAAAGAGUCAAAAGACAUUUGUCUUAUUGGAAUUUGGGGUAUGGGUGGAGUCGGUAAGACAACCCUUGCAGAAGAAAUAUUUAACAAACUACAAUCUGAAUAUGAAGGUUAUUACUUUUUAGCCAAUGAAAGAGAACAAUCUAGCAAACGUGGAAUAAUUUCUUUGAAGAAUGAAAUUUUUUCUGCGUUAUUAACAAAUGUUGUGAGAAUCAGCACACAAAAUUCAUUGCCCGAUGAUAUUGUUAGAAGAAUUGGUCGCAUGAAAGUUUUUAUUGUUCUUGAUAAUGUGAAUGAUUCAGAUCACUUACAAAAUUUAUUGGGAGCACUCGAUAAUUUUGGAUCAGGCAGUAGAAUAAUUGUAACAACUAGAGAUGAGCAAGUGCUUAAUGCUAACAAAGCUGAUGAGAUAUAUCGACUCAGAGAAUUUAGUUUUGAUAAAGCACUUGAACUUUUCAAUUUGAUUGAAGUAUGGGAAAGUGAACUAAACAAACUUAAAAAAAUGCCUCCUACAAAAGUUUAUGAUGUUAUGAAACUGAGUUAUGAUGAUCUAGAUCGUAAAGAGCAACGGAUUUUUCUCGAUCUUGCAUGUUUCGUUCUUAGAUUGCAUAGAAAGAAUUUGGUGAAUUUAAAAGAACUUGACCUCAACAGCUCUGAGGAGUUAAAGAAGCUGCCAGAUUUAUCAAAAGCCAUAAAUCUUGAAGUUUUGAUCCUCUGGGGUUGUUCUAGGUUGACUAAGGUGCAUCCAUCUAUUUUCACUCUUGGAAAACUCGAAAAAUUGGACCUUUGGAACUGCAAGUCAUUUACCAUACUCGCAAGUGAUUCCCAUUUAUGCAGCCUCAAUUAUCUCAACCUUGAUCUUUGCAUCAAUCUUAUAGAAUUCUCAUUGAUAUCAAAGAAUAUGACAGAAUUGAGACUAGAAGAUACAAAGAUCAGAGUACUUCCCUCAUCAUUUGGACAUCAAAGGAAGCUUAAAUCACUACAUCUAGCAGGAAGUUCCAUAGUGAGGUUACCUUCAUCCUUUAACAAUCUUACCCAACUGCUACAUCUAGAUGUAUACUAUUGCACCAAGCUUCAAACAAUAGCAGAGCUUCCCCUGUCCCUUGAAACUUUAGAUGCACAAGCUUGCUAUUCACUUCAGAGUCUACCAGACCUUCCUCCAUCCCUUAAAACUCUAAAUCUCAAAUCUUGCACAUUGCUUCAAAGUCUACCAAAGUUUCCCCCUUCCCUUGUAACUCUAAAUGUCCAAAGUUGCAUUUCACUUCAGACUAUAUCAAAGCUUCCCUCGUCCCUUAAAACAUUAAAAGCCGGAUUUUGCGAAUCACUUAAGAGUCUACCAGAGCUUUCCCCUUCUCUUGAAAUUCUAAAUGUUGAGUCCUGCAAAUUACUUCAAAGUCUACCAUGGCUUCCCCUUUCUCUUGAAACUCUACAUGCCCAACACUGUGAUUCACUUCAGACUAUAACAGAGCUUCCCCUAUUCCUUAAAACUCUAGAUGUCAGAUACUGUGCUUCACUUCAAAGUCUACCAGAGCUUCCCCUCUUCCUUACAAAUCUAGAAGCCAAUAACUGUGGAUCACUUCUAAGUGUACAAGAGUUUCCCGUAUUCCUUGAAACUCUAGAAGUUAGAUUUUGUGAAUCACUUCAAAGUCUACCAGAGGUUCCCUUGUUCUUGAAAGUUCUAAAUGUAGAGUCCUGCAAAUCACUUCAAAGUCUACCACGGCUCCCCCCAUCUCUUGAAACUCUAUGUGCCCGAUGCUGCCACUCACUUCAGACUCUACCAGAGCUUCCCUCAUCCCUUGAAACUCUAAAUGUCCAAGAGUGCAAAUCACUUCAAAGUCUACCUGAGCUUCCCCUGUCCCUUAAAAUUCUAGAAGCCCAAUUCUGCUAUUUACUUCAAACUCUACCAGAGCUUCCUCCCUGCCUUGAAACUUUAAAUGUCACUGAAUGCAAAUCAUUGAAGACUGCGUUGUUGUUUCCUUCAACGGCUGUUGAACAAUUAAGGGAAACCAGGACACGAGUUUUGUUCUUGAAUUGCUUGAACUUGGACGAACACUCUCUAGUGGCUAUUGGGUUGAAUGUGCAAAUCAACAUGAUGAAAUUUGCAAACCAACACCUAUUAUGAUCAUGUUGAAAAUUACAAUGAUUAUGAAGAUAAUUAUCGUUCUAAUCAAGCUGUUUAUGUGUAUCCAAGAAGCAGUGUUCCAGAGUGGUUGGAGUAUAAGACCACAACAGAUUAUGUAAUUAUUGAUCUCUCUUCUGCUCCACCUUCCCCCCAGCUUGGCUUGAUUUUCUGCUUCGUCCUUGGUAAUGACAACCGAUUCACUGAAUUGAUAAAAGUUGAAAGAUAUGAAGUUAAAAUCACUAUAAGUGAUGGUGAGAGUGAAGGUGAAAAAUACAGUGUUAGAAUGUACAUAGAUUAUAAUGGUUGUGGAACUGCACUAGAAUCAGAAUCAGAUCAUGUGUGUGUGAUGUACGACCAAAGAUGUUCUAACUUCCUAAAUAGAAGAGCCAAAAAUCAAACACGGUUUAAAAUUGAGGUUAAAAUUGAGGCACGAAUCACCUUCCUGGAAACUUAUCUUACACGACCAUGGCAGGUUUUAAAAGGAUUGGGGAUCAGCCCAAUAAGCACUUCAAUAUAUAACAAUUUCAUCCAACAAAUGGAAUUGCAUGACUCAAUGAAUCAAUUUGAAUAAACAAAUGGAAUUGGGUUGUGCUUCGUUUCGUCUCAGGUUGGCUGUAAAGUAGAUCAUGUGAUGUGGGUACUCAAAGGACUUCUCAGAGUCCAGACCCUUCCAGAGAAUCAAUCAGCUGAACUGUAAAUUUAGAAUAUGGCUGUACAUGCUGCAGAAACCAUUGCAAAAGUCUUGCAGGCACAAGUCAAUUCUAGGAGGGAG